AUGAGCCCUCAAUGGAUACCUCAGAAUAUUCAAAAGAGACUUCUACUAUACGUCCUUAAACAACUCUCUCUAUUUUCUGAAGUUGAUCUACCGAACCUUGAAGAAGUCUCUCUCAAUAACAUUACAUUGAAAGAUGUUACAUUGGACCCCGAAAAAGUUGGUAAGCUUCCAGGCUGCAACUUUAGACACGGCAAGUUGGGGAGCAUGGAAAUGACCACGAUAUCGGGGAUAAGUGGAGUUAAGAUUGAUGUAAAGAACGCUGAAGUGGUGGUAUCACCCGAUUUCGACGAACCGAAUUUUGGAAGUCUGUCGCAGUUUCUGUUGGCUAGAAGUACAGCAAACUUGGCAGAAACGAUUAUGUUUGAUUUGGUUGGAGAAGAGGCAAAAGACGAAAGAAAAGAAGACUCGUGUGCUUUGGAUAGUGAUAGUGAUGAGGACGAUGCGAAUUACGCUGUUUUCCGAAAUGACGUGAACAACAACAUUGGAAAAAGUCGUAGAACGUCAACUAGUACAAGAAGGCGAAGUUCAACCGUUUCUAAUAAAUCUGCGCUAGGUGGAGUUAUGCAAAAGGCCGUGGAAAUGGCACUCCUGAGAUUACAGGUUUACAUCACCAACUUGUCUAUCAAACUUAUCACGGAGCUGACAGACUUGCUAAUUCAAGUUGACGAAGUUUCUGUUAAUACUGUCAAUGGAUUGAGGACUAUUGGUAUACGAGGCGUAAAAGUGGUGACAUUAAGACCAAUUAUAAAUCCCGGCAAACACGAUGCUGGAAAUAAUAAUUCGACUAAUGAAGUGAACCAUAACACCAAGCCUGAAAAAUUUAAACCGGAGAACUCUGAUUCAGAAAAUGAAGAAAUCGAAAAUGAAGAAAUCGAAAAUGAAGAAAACGAAGGGGUGGAUUAUGGCGAGGAAUCGUUAAUGGACAGCAUGGUGUUCACACACGAAGAGGCAAGUUCAAUUUACAUGAGUGCCACGGCACAUUCGUUGCCCAAACCCCUGAAUGCGGAAGGUAAUAUAGACAAUAAACUAAAUGACAAAACAACAAAGGGCAAUACUCCGAUUUUACUCUACUUAAACGAGUGCGAAGUGUCUUUUGAAGGCUUGCAAACUAUUCUGAAUUUGGAGAUUGAAGUGGAUAAAGUAAACAUUGCGGCAUCCCCUGGAGCAGCAACAUUAAUAUCAAUAUUCAAUGGAUUUACCAAAACUUUACAAAUCAAACGGCGCCAAAAAAGAAUGAUUACUUCUAAACGAAAUAGCAGAGGCCGUGACAGGUUCCCACAAUAUACGAAUGAGGAUGACACCAUUGGUUCGAUGAGCAACGCAUCAGAUGGCUCAGACGAAGGAAACAAAAGAGGUACAACAAUGAAUGUAGAAGAAGAAGAAGAAGAAGAGGAGAAGGAGAAGGAGGAGGGGGAGGAGGGGGAGAAUCUGGAAGGAGAAAGAGGACUAAAUGACGAAAUUGAUGAUGGAGCAGACUCUAUCUUUAGCAAGAUGGCCAUGAGGAAUAUCAAUAUUAGCCUCGACUCUGCAAUUGAAGCCACCGGUGAAUUUGCAUCGGCGACUGACAAUGUAGUUAUUGAACUAUACAAUAUAAACAUCAAGCAUAGAGAUGAACUUCUUCUCUACGGCGGAAUCGAAAGUAUCAUCAUUAACCAUUUUAAAGAGAAACACAUUCCUCCAUCAUCGAUCUUUUACUUUGAAAAUUCGAAAAACAUUGACCGUUCUGAUAGGUCGGCUUCACCGCAAAGUGUGCUGUCAACAACUUCCACAAAUAGUCUGUACUCCAAAGCUGAUUUGAGAUUUGAAUGUUUUCAACUGUCAGAUGACAAUGCGAAAUUGGAAGUUACCUGCCUACUUGGUAAGCCAUCCCAAGUAAAUUUAAACUUGACAAAUAUUAUUGCAUUUGCUUCAUUUUCCAGUAAAUGCCAGGAUGCUGUUUUGGCCAUCAAACAAUUCAUUGCAUCCUAUGAAAUUUUAAAUACACCACGAGUAAACAUGAAGCCGACAUCAACUAAACCCACACAAAAGAAGCGCAUUAUUCUCCAAACAGGGUCUACACUGAUGAGCGUUGCAGUAAAGAAUGAUUUGAAAAUUGGACUCCACAUCUUGCCUGCAAAAUACGAUUCCGAGAUUGAAGAAUUUUCCGUGCCUGCAAUCCACAUAACUUCAAGUAUUGAAAACAAGAUGGUUGAGAAUAUCAUCAGUAUAUCAAAUGUUAAUUUCUUGCUCAAGUCGCAAUCAUUUACAGCAUUUUUGCAACCACCGAAUGAAAAUUUCAGCCCGUCGUAUGUCUUACCACUAGUACGUCAUAUGAUUAGCUCAAUGUCGUUAAAAAUCCUGGAAAUAACAUGUCUGAUUUCACCAAAAACACUAAAAAAGAUCUACAAAUGUUUACAAGAUUUUACAUUGGAAAUUUCAAAAUCUUUGGAAAGCAACGAAACCCAAUCAACAAAUAUGAGCACUAAUUCACGUACUACAAAUUUUCUGCAUUCUAGGGGACUAGAAAGGUCGAGCUUAAUGACAUCCUCAGUUCGCAAUUUAAGAAGAAGUGGUCGAGGUAAUUUAGGGGGGUUUGGCGGUCGCUCUGGAUUAGGAUAUGGAACCAGCGGUGGAAACAACUUCAGGUCGGGACUAACGAAUCGGAAAGCUUUUAACCAUAGUCAUGGCUAUUUACAUGGAUAUCCAAACCGUCAUCCUCAUGGUCAUGCAACUACUCAAAGCAAAACCAACAGUGUCCUUUUCAACUUGAAUUUGAGGAAAUUGUCUAUCACUUUGAAAGAUAUCGUAUCCGACUUUGGAACAGCUCAUGUUGAACUAAGUGAUGUUGCAAUUUUCAAAACACAGGAAGAAUGGGCUGGAUCCAUUUUGAAUUUGGAUGUGUUUAGGCGACUGCAACAGCCAUUUGUAAAUGAGAGCAUACUUGCACAUUAUCGCAAGGAACCAUUGGCCCCUAAUACCUUGCCGCUCAUACUAAUGAAAUUAAAUUUGAGUGACAAGUCAUCCACACUUGAGAUGACUUGUAGGGAGUUUCUAUUGGAAUAUCGUACUCAUUGGUUAUCUUUCUUUGGUAAGGACGAGUCUAUUAUCGAAGUAGUCGAAGAAGAGUUUGUUGAUGUAUCUCUACCGCUGCCAACACUGCAAAAACAAAAGUUUGCUGUCAAACCAGAUAAAAAUAAGAGAUUUGAUAUUCGAUGUUCACUUUACGGGUGCAUGGUGGGCCUAACACCAGGAAGAUUAUCGUGUAAAAGCUUUGUGACCAUUGGAUCUGGCGAAGUGAGUUUAGUGUUUACUGCUAGUCAGUUUUAUAUUAAAAGUUCAGUAAGAGAUUUACACGUUUUAUUAAUUGAUGAUGUCAAAAAUGCAUCUAACAGUGAGGAUAGCAAAGCCAGUGACGCUAAUCACAGUGGAGGCUACGUUGAUCUCGAGACUGCUCAUGUUGACUAUAUAAUAAAUCAAGGCUACAUUACUGCGGGAUAUGUCAAUAUUGCUCAUGUGGGUUUCACCUUCAAUACAAAUGUCGAAGAAAUUAAACAGAGGAACAAAAAUUUGGGUAUUCGUGACCAUUUAUCAAUAAUUGACUUUAAGUUGAAUGUCGACGACAUCCAGCUCAACUUUUGUGCCGAUUCUUUCAACACUUUUACUCAAUUGCUUAGUGAUCUUAAACUACCUUAUGAAUUUUUGGAGAAAGAUAAAAUUAAAGUUCUGCUCGAUCAAGAACUUGACAUAACGGAAAAUGUUACUAAAAACAUGUAUCAUGACGAGGCUGUAGAAGAAGGUUUUAUUGAUUUGGACAAUCACAAGGAUGCAGAAAGUGACAAUUUUGGAAACUUGGCAGCUGGAAGUGCCAGUGGGUUGAACUUCCAAGAGGAAUAUUUCAGUGCAUCUUACACUAAUAUGGAAGAUGAAAAAGCUGAUCCUUUAACUGUGAGUGUCAACUUAACGAAAAUGCUGCUAUAUUUGUAUGAUGGGUAUGAUUGGAAGGAUACUAGGAAAGCAAUUCGAAAAGUUGUGAAAGAUAUUGAAAAAGAACAACAAGGAAAACCCCACGAAUCAAAGGCUUUGACUAAAGCUAAUACACACACUGGUACACAAACAAAUGCACAAGCCAAUGCAAAUAUGGCUGUUAAUAGUCGCAACAACGAUUCACCUAAUUCUCUGUAUAGUGAUUACAAUGAAGGGCAUAAUAGCAAUAAUGGUUUGGACUUGCUAGAACAGACAAUAUUCCAAUCUAUCCACGUGAGUGCUCCAAGGCUAGCAGAGGAUGGUAUGGUUGAUUUGACGCAUAGUAUCAAUUUGGGUAUGCAAAAUGACACAAAUGGACAGAUGGACGAUGAUGAAGAGUUGAAAAUCAAAGCGAACAUUAGACAAGGUAAAAACUACAAGAAUCUCAAGUUGAGACGCUCUAAUGAUUAUAAAGUUGCCAUUGAUCUCAUGUCGAUUGACCUUCGUAUCGUAGUUUACUCCACAAGAGAUCCGCGACGCGAUGAGACAGACCCAAACAUGAAAUUUGAGACGCUUAGUAUGCUUGAUAUCAGUGUUGGAACCGUUGAUGUCUUGGACAAUGUCCCGUCUUCCACAUGGAACAAGUUUUUGUCAUAUAUGAAUAGCUUGGGAGAGAGAGAAAUUGGAACAAGUAUGUUAAAGAUGAAUAUCGUCAAUGAGCGUCCGCAGCCAUCGCUCGUGGCAGCUGAAGCAAUUGCUAAAGUUAGUAUUUUGCCUUUAAGGCUCCACAUAGAUCAAGAUACGCUUGAUUUUCUUACGCGGUUUUUUGAUUUUAAAGACUCUAGAUUCGAGUUGCCACCAGAUGAGAUUUUGUAUGUGCAAAAACUAGAAAUUGAUCCUAUAAAACUCAAGGUUGAUUACAAGCCCAAGAAAGUUGACUACAAUGGGUUGAGGUCUGGAAAAUCAGGAGAGUUUGCCAAUUUCUUUGUUUUGGAUGCGGCGUCUCUAACGUUGCCCAAGGCCCAACUUUAUGGUCUUUCUGGUAUGUCAGAGAUUGGAAGGGGGUUGGGAACAGCAUGGGCACCAGUGUUCAAACUGAAUCAAGUUUUGGGGAUUAUUUCAGGUGUUUCGUCUCUUCGGUCGAUAGUUAAUGUUGGAAGUGGGUUUAGAAACUUGUAUGUGGUUUCAAAAAAGGAGUAUCAAAAAGAUGGUCGAGUUUGGAGAAGUUUGCAAAAGGGAACGAAAUCAUUUGCCAAGACUACGGGGUACGAAUUGGUAAAUCUAGGUGUGAAACUUGCUUCUGGUACACAAGUGCUUUUGGAGCAAGGUGAAGAGCUUUUUGGCGGUGAGGGUUCGUCGGUGAGGAACGCCAAACCAUUAAGACGCAGGUCCGACUCCUCUGAUGAUGGUUCGCUAAUUGGUAACUUGUUGCCUACGCCUUCUGAUAAUCUUAUGGUUAGUUCGGAGCUUAUGAGUAAGGCGGCAUCAAAGUAUGCUGAAAAAUACAAGUUUUCCAGAGUGGGCUCCGGAGCCGAAGAAAGAGUUAGAGCAAAAGAUACAAGCGGUAGUAAAAGUAAAAGUGGAAAUGUUGCUACUGGAGGAGAUAGACUCUACUCGCACAUUGAUUUUGAUGAUGGGUAUGAGUCCAUAAGUAGCAUAAAUAAAGAACUAAAUCAGGGUCAAUCCAUUUUUUUCCUCGCUCCAUCCGAUGCCAACGACAGAAAUCAAAUUAACGGGUUAUUUGAAGAUGCUGGAGAUGACACGAAUGAUGAAGAUGAGGACGCUGAAGCAUUUGAAGUUUAUGCAUUUGGCUCCGGUCGUAACAAAAAAGGCAGUGCCGUUGCCGAGAGCGCUGACAAUGAUGAUGAUGACGAAGAAGAAGAAGAGGGCGUAGAAGGGGCUAUUGAAGAAGAAGAUGAAGAAGUAGAAGUCGAAGAAUUGAGACAAAAGAUGAUAAGUUUAUACUCGAAUCAGCCAGAAACAAUGCAACAGGGCUUCAAAUCUGCAUAUAAGUCACUUGGAACGAAUUUUAAAGUCACCCAAAAGCAGUUGAAGAAAUUAAAAAGAGAUUUGGAGGGUAAGGAAACAGUGCAGGACACGUUACUUACUGUAUUGAAGAGUUCACCCAUUAUAUUGAUUAGACCUGUCAUUGGCACAACUGAAGCGAUUGCAAAGACGUUGAUGGGGAUUGGAAAUGUGAUUGACUCAAAACACAUUGUUGAAAACAAGGACAAGUAUAGAAGUGAGUCUAAAGAGUAG